ACCCGCAGGUGAACUUGUAUGGGGCUGCAACCUAUUUGUGUAAUUUUAAGCCUGCAAGAAAGAGACUCUUCUGUUUAGUGUUUGUUUGAGCUGUCCAAACGCGAAGGUAGUGAUGUGCCUAUGAAAGUCUUCAAUCGCGUUGUUUUCGUUAUGGAGCCGUUCGACUCUCAACUCCUCAGUUUUCUUCUCCAAUUUUAGGUGGCUGGGGAGUGGCGUGGUUUGGGAAAUGGAAAUUGAUGCUUAUGCAUGACUUGGAAUAUGCCCAAUUCUCGUUUCUAUCUGGUAGGGGACUGAGAAGUGCCAGUGGUGUUUGAGAAACUAAAUUAUUUGCUUAAGUUGAAAGCAUUAUCUGUUUCGUAGAACACCAGCAAUGGAGGCGCGGCCUGCUUUAUCCAUACAAAGAUCGGGUACUCAACAACUGAAUAAUUGUGGGGCAUCUGGGGCUUUGUCCACUUCUUUCCCUGUUCUUCCUUCUGCUUUGGAAGAGAAAUAUCCCAAUUUACCUGACUCUCAGCAAGUUCCUGUGGAGAGACAAUUUAAGCCAUGUACUAGUACUGUUGUUUCUCCAAUAUCUUCCAGCAGUGGGGUUGUUGGUCAUAUGUUUUCUUCAUCAUCAGGAUUGUCUACCAAUCUUCAUUUUUCUUCUGUUUCGCAACAAGAAAAACAUUCAAGACAGUCCCCUUUUAUUUCUCAAUCAACUAGCUGUGGGACAUCAAUGCUAUUUCAACAGGCUUCCCAUUCAGGAGUUCUUCAAUCUACAGCAUCUAGCCAGUAUACGAAGGAAAACAAUGACACCUCCUGGUGUACAGAUUCACUUGAUUUUCUUGAUUACCCAAUAAAUCAGAAUAAUCCACUUGAUAGCUGCAAUACAGGUGAAAUCCUUCCAUCUGAGGAUCUUAAUAAACGGAAUUGGCAGGAAUGGGCUGACCAGCUUAUUAGUGACGAUGAUGCUUUGACUUCUAGUUGGAAUGCGUUGAUUGCAGAAACAAAUGUUACUGAUCCAGGCCUGAAGGUACCUCAACAGUCUACAACUUUCUCAAUCCAGCAACCACAAGCUUCCCAGCAGCUUCCAGCAUCUUCUGGAGAAACUUGCCCUGUUGUCCCUCCAACACCCUCAGGAAGUGGUGCGCCAACCAAGCAACGCAUGCGUUGGACGCCAGAACUUCAUGAAGCCUUUGUUGAGGCAGUCAACAAGCUUGGUGGGAGUGAAAGAGCUACCCCGAAGGGUGUGCUGAAGUUGAUGAAAGUUGAAGGUUUGACCAUCUAUCACGUCAAAAGCCACUUGCAGAAAUAUCGGACGGCUAGAUACAAACCAGAGCCAUCAGAAGGUUCUUCAGAGAAAAAACAUGCUUUAAUUGAUGAUUUGUCAUCUUUGGAUCUGAAGUCGGGGAUUGAGAUCACUGAAGCACUACGAUUACAGAUGGAAGUUCAAAAACGACUUCAUGAACAGCUUGAGAUUCAGAGGAAUUUACAGCUGCGUAUAGAGGAACAAGGGCGAUAUCUCCAGAUGAUGUUUGAGAAGCAGUGUAAGUCAGGUCUUGACUUGCUCAAGGGCUCCUCUUCCAACUUGGAGAAUCCUUUAACAGAUUUGACAGAACCAGUUUUAAAAUCGCCUGACAAGAGCAACCUAGGAGUCUCAGAGGGUAAUGAUCACAAAAUGGAUGAGGUUGGAGAGAAGCAAAAAUCACCUGAAAAUGAAGUGCCUGAAAAUCUAGAAGCAACUGCUACAGACACGCCUAACUCUCCACCACCUAAGCGCGCUAAACUGGAUGAAUAGGCACACAUGGUUUAUCAUAUAAUCCUUGUCGGAAGAGGAGAUCAUGAUAGGUACAUUGACCGUUGAUCCUUGAGUUUUACAGUGUUAGCUCGUGAAGAGCUUUGGAGCUCCGGUCUUUUCAUAUCUUGGGAUAAAAUUGGGCAACUGCUUUUCCUUUCCUAAAGUUUAAUUGAUAAGCUUUGUGACUUCUGGCUACCCUAUUUACAGAAACCUGGUUAUGUGGUCUGAGUCUAGCAUGUAUAACCAAGAGGAAUCUUUCUAGAGGUAGAUGAGGCCACCAGUUUUGCUUGUAGAAUGUUUAUUCCUGAUUUUAUAUGAUUUAGCUUUCUGCAACCAUCCAACCUAUGAUCCGAUGAUGCGGGACUCUGUUAAUAGCAACUUAUAAUUUCUAGAGCUUAAAGGUGCAGUUUGCUUCUCAAUGUCCCAGCUUGAACAUUUUUGUGAGCCAGAGCAUUCUGUUUCCCAAUGUAUAUAUAACACUGGAACGAUUUUAUAAUUGAAAAACUGUGUAUCUUGUUUAA